UUUUGCAAAACUUUUUCGUUUUUGCUUUUUGUCUGUUUGCUUUUUCUUGUCUGACGAAUAUCCUUCUGUUCCGGCCGGAGGACAUAUGUCACUGGCUGAAGACCGGUAAUUGGGAAAGACUUGGUGAAGGUAGACAAGAAAAAUGAAGUAAUGUUUACAUGUGAACCUCUCUGAUUAUUUGUUCACCAUCCAUAGCUCUCUUCUCUUUUCACAGAAGUAUAGAAACUCAGUCUCAGAAAAUUGUUAUUGAUCAUGAACAUGUAAAAGGUGAAGAGCUACAGUAUGGUUCAGCAUUCUGAACUUCAGUAAUAACUAAUGAGCAUGCUGGUGUAGACUGGCGUUCUAUUGGUGCUUUUUGAGUUUCAAACUUCUCGAAUUGUAUGAAUUUCAGUUUUGGUUGCAAAGUGACUCCAGCUUUGGUGGUAGCAUAAACGAGAUUGAUAAAAGAACUUGAGGUGCUACUAAAAUGGUUACAAGGCUAAUGACGACAGUGUGCUUUAUAUUUCAACAUCACAAGAGGGACGGCUUACUUAGCGAUGAAAAUCACAGAAGAGAUGAAAUCUCAAGAUCUGUACCUUCUUCAAAAAGCCAAGGUUUGCGAGAAUGUUUCAAUGGGAUUCUUGCUCAGAAGAUUGAUUGGGCAUCCAUGAGUAAAAUCUGCAAAAAGUGGAUAAAGAACCCUCUGAAUAUGGCCAUCCUUUUAUGGAUAAGUUGUGUUGCCGUCUCAGGAGCAAUCCUAUUUCUUGUGAUGACGGGAAUGUUAAACAGCGUCCUGCCCGAGAAGUCAGAGAGAAAUGACUGGUUUGAGAUCAACAAUCAAAUCCUCAAUGCUCUCUUUACUCUUAUGGCUCUUUACCAACACCCAAGGAGGAUCUACCAUCUUGUACUUCUGUUGAGAUGGAAGCCAAAGGAUGUCUCAUUGCUUAGAAAAAUGUACUCUAAGAAUGGUACUUACAAACCCCAUGAAUGGGCACACAUUAUGGUGGUAGUUUUUUUACUCCAUUUGAAUUGCUUUGCUCAGUAUGCCUUGUGUGGGCUUAACUUGGGAUACAAAAGAUCUGAGAGACCUGCUGUUGGUGUCGGUGUCUGCCUUUCAGUAGCAAUUGCUGCCCCUGCAAUGGCAGGUGCGUACUGCAUUGUUAGCCCCCUCGGGAAGGAGUAUGAGGUUGAUCAUGAAGCACAGGAUCAUAUUCUCACUAAUGGCACAAGCCAGUCCGGCCACUCGAUGAUGAAGUCAUUCAAGAGGACAAUUUCAUUUGCAUCUAGAGAUGGCCAAAGGAUUUCUGAGCAUGCACCUCAAUGGAGAGGGGGUUUAUUUGAUUUUCAGGAUGGUAUUGCUAUAUCUUAUCUAUCUCUUUUCUGCAGCUUUUGUGUUUUUGGGUGGAACAUGGAGAGGCUUGGGUUUGGUAACAUGUAUGUUCAUAUUGCAACUUUUAUCCUCUUCUGCACAGCCCCAUUUUGGAUCCUGAGUUUGGCUGCCUUCCAUAUUGAGAAUGAAAUUGCCAGGGAAGCUUUGGGUUUAACAGGCAUUGUCCUUUGUAUGUUUGGUUUGCUGUACGGCGGCUUCUGGAGAAUUCAAAUGAGGAAGAGAUUCAACUUGCCAGCAAAUGACUUAUGCUGUGGAAAGCCUGCAAUUACAGAUUGUGCGCAAUGGCUUUUCUGUUGCUGGUGCUCACUUGCUCAGGAAGUAAGGACAGCCGAUUUCUAUGACAUAGUGGAAGAUAAGUUCUGCGGGAAGCAAAUGAGUGAGCAUGACAAGCCUGCACUAUCGCCCUUAUCGCGUGAGAGUGGAAUUACUGAAUAUAGAUUUGAUCAAACUUCUCUACUUUCGAAGAAUCCUACAAGUCCAAGCAGACUUCAAAAAGAUUACCAUAGUCUAGAUAGACAGCUCCCCAAGGUGAAAGAGGAAUCUACAAUGGAGCCCCCUGUUCCAUUGAUAUUGCAGAGGGAAGAGAAUAUCCAACCAAGGACACAAAAAGGAAGGAAUUAUUAGUGAAGUUCUGGAAAGACUACAGGAACUAUUAUGUGAUUUUGAUAAACUCAUUUUCUUUGGCAUCUUUAUAUGUUGUAUG